AUGCAACAAACGAACAGCAACAACUGGCUUGAGAUCAAGUCCGGUGAAAGCGGACAGCUUACAAUUCUAGAUCACGGCCGUCUUGAAGGCCUGGUGGCUGAGCUAGUCAAUAGUGGUGACCAGUGCCCAUCUCUAUGCGUCUUUCUUGGAACCAAAUCUAAAGAAGCCUGUCUUCGGCAACUGUAUCCGCACAAUAACAUAAACCGUCGCGCUUCGAACACUAGUGUCAGGUUACGCUGUGAUGUGGCUACACAAAGAAUGCCGCGUCCUGCAUUUUUCGCAGAUGGUGACCUGACAUACAAGCCUUCUUUUUCUUCUUUAGGGAAACAGACUGCCAGACCGGAGCAGCCCAUCACCUGGCAAGCUCACUCUUUUGAAACAGUACUACAAAUCAUAUAUGCUCGCUUACUAUUUCUCUUUACGGAUGUAGUUUGCAUAUUUGCAGCUGAUUUUGCAAGCUAUUCUGACGUGGCUGACUUCCUGAUUUCCAUUCACCGCGCACGUUCGGCUUCAUUACUUCCAGCGUCAAUAAGGCCCCGAGUGGUCAUUGUGCUUGCUACAAAUUUGGUAGACAACAAAAUGGAGGAAACGGAAGUCGAACGGCUUCAAUGUAGGUUGAACAUGUGCGAAACUGGGCCAAUGUCGGCAUCUUUUUCUGCCAUUCACAUGGUCCGAUUAGGACAUCACACGUUGUCGGAUUACUCUCGGUACCAACCUCUGCGAGAUUUGAUUAAGGGGCAAAUACAUGAUAUGCAAAGCGCUCGCGAAGACACUAGGACUCUGCUCAGCGCCAAUCAUCUAGCAGCUCUCUUCUCUCUUGCACUGCGGCACACGGCCGAGGACAUACGACAACCAUUUGACUUUGUGCAAGCAUCUAGAGCCUAUCAUCCCGUUUCUUUAUCUUUAGGCCCUAAUAUAGUGCAUUAUCAGGAGCUUGGUUCUCAGGUGGGGCUCUGCUCCGAAGAGUUAGCGCCCUCGGUCGCGUCCGCUCUCUUGAUGGAUCACUACAUAGAUGGAAUGCUCGAUUAGAUGCCCGCCUCGUCUUCCGAACUCUUUAUCGUCCC